AUGGACGCUUCCUUGGAAGCAUUGGAUGCUAGUGCCCAGCCAGUGCAAAAUACAGAGGCUGACUUGGAAGCUUUACUCCACAGAGGGUGCAAGUUGGACUCUCUCCUUUUCCGGCGAGUAAAAACCGUUGCAAAUUCUGAACUCAGGGCUAACCCCAAGGAAACGUUGGCCUUGCUGACGGCAUGGGCUCUGAGCACCUCCCUUCUCCUCCGGUCUCGUAAGCCAAGCCAUCGGAAGCUGGCUGUGACACUCUCCCGUAGGCUAUGGCGCAAGGACAAAGAACUAUGGACCGUACUCUUUCAAGAAUUUCAGUCAGCUCGACUGUCUGGGAAACUUUUGCCCGUGCUUUCCAUUGGAUGUAGCUUUGGCGACUCUCCCUCGGAGUCCGCAGAAUUUGACAAGUUGAAGGUUUUGAAGCGGAUCUUUGACAUAACGCUCGCUGUUAAAAAACCUUCAGAGCCAGCCAAUUUGGAAUGCUGUUCCCAUUUACUUAAUUGCUGUAUUGAUGAGAAUACGUUCGUCUCCGAGCUCAUUCCUGCAUCACAUCGCAGCUUUCUCAGGACCCCAGAAACCGCAGUCUCGGGACUCUCGCAAUUUGACGUUCUGCUGUUCACCGGACAUGUGGAAUAUAAAGAGCGCAAAAUGACCGUAAAGUUCAAAAACGGAAGUGGAUAUGAUUUACUGAUAAAGCCCUCCAGCGAUCGUGAUGCCUGCGCUCCAGUGAUGACUUACAUUGACUACAAGAACGCUUUCAAGUUGAAGUACAGG